CUUAACAAUCACCGAGGCUGCUAUCAAUCCUCAAGCUCCACUCUUCUCCAGGUUGCAGCUUCACAGGCCGGUCAAUGCUGCUUCUGCACACAUCGCGAUCAUCAUGGCGGUCCUUACCAAGAAGGUGAGCGCACCUGAGUUGAAGAAGAGCGAGGAUGUGAAGAAGUCGCUGAUACAUUAUCCCUUCUGGUUUGGUGGGAGCGCAAGUUGUUUUGCGACCCUCUUCACACAUCCUCUGGAUCUGGUGAAAGUCCGGUUACAAACACAAGCCGCGCAUGGCGUACGGUUGAACAUGGUGCAAAUGUUCGGCAAUGUCGUGAAGAGUGACGGGGUUCUGGCAUUGUACAAGGGUUUAUCUGCUGCGCAGCUCCGCCAACUAACAUACAGCAUGACCCGUUUUGGCGUCUACGAAACCCUCAAAGACCGCAUGACCACUGCCGACACGAAACCCUCUUUCCUCACACUCGUAGGUAUGGCCUCGGUAUCUGGCUUCCUCGGUGGCUUUGCUGGAAACCCCGGAGACAUACUUAACGUACGGAUGCAACACGAUGCAGCGCUACCAAUAGAGAAACGGCGGAAUUACAAGCAUGCGAUUGAUGGAGUAAUACGCAUGUCGCGGGAAGAAGGCGUAGCAAGCCUAUGGAAAGGCGUGUGGCCAAAUUCGUCGAGAGCAGUUUUGAUGACUGUUGGGCAAUUGGCAACGUACGAUGGCUUCAAGCGCGUGCUGUUGGAUUACACACCGCUGGUGGAUAACCUCACGACACACUUUACGGCCUCCUUCCUGGCAGGCUUUGUAGCCACAACCAUAUGCUCGCCGGUAGACGUAAUCAAAACACGCGUCAUGAGCUCCCAUGAUAGCAAGGGCCUCGUCAAGCACGUAUCAGAGAUUAUGAAAGCAGAAGGCUUCCGCUGGAUGUUCAAGGGCUGGGUACCGAGCUUCAUCCGCGUCGGCCCGCAUACCGUCCUUACGUUCCUAUUUCUCGAACAGCACAAGAAAAUCUAUAGAAAGCUGAAGAGCUUGGAAUAAAGGGUGAAAAUACAUACUAUGACUGGUAAAAGCAUGCGUUUGGUUGUCGAUAUUUGAGUCUUUACUUGAUACCAUCUGGGCGGCGUUUGUUGCUUAUUGGGUUGUGGUGCAUGUAUACAUUUCGCAGCCAAGGCGUUGAGGCAAGCCUUGCCCGUACAUAGACAUAGCAGACGUGCACAUAUCACAGAAUCUAUACACCAUUGC